AUGUCAACCUUAUUGGAUGAAGAUACCCCGUGGAUCGAUACAGAGGAGGAUAAGUUCCCUAAGGCUUUCCAAGAGAGAAGCAAAUUUUUGUUCAACAAUGAUAUCUUGAGCGAUGUGAAAUUUGUUGUUCGUUCAUCCCAACAUGGCGAAUGCAGUGACCGGAAAAAAAGCAAGAUAGCGAUCCCGGCUCACAAGUUUUUGUUGACAAUCAGAAGCCCUGUAUUUUUUGCCAUGUUUUGUGGCAAAAUGGCUGAAACCGAAGAAGAAAUCAAUCUGCCUGACUGUGAAUAUGACGGUAUGCUUGAAUUGUUGCGAUUCCUGUACACCGAUAAAGUUUGCUUGACCGAAAAUAACGUGAUGCAAGUGGCAUAUCUCGCCGCGAAAUACAUGGUUCCCAGUCUAUCCAAAAAAUGUGCAGUCUUUUUAGGGAAUAAUCUGGACUCGUCGAAUGUGCUUGGAGUCUUAAAACACGCUCAGAAAUUUUCAAACAAACAUCUGUUGAAUUUUUGUUGGGACUAUGUUGAGCAACUGACAAUGCGCGUGGUGAAAUCGAAUGAAUUCUUUGGAAUUGAGAAGUCUCUUCUGCAAGAGUUAGUGGAAAGGGACUCGUUGAAUAUUAAGGAGGUCGAGUUAUUUCAAGCUGUCGAUGGCUGGGCAGAACAAGAAUGUAAGAGGCUAAAUCUGAAAUCAGAAGGCUCUGUCAAGAGGGAAAUACUUGGGGAAGAGGUAAUAAAAAAAUUGCGUUUUCCACUCAUGGAACAGAGAGAGUUUAUGGAGAUUGUCACAGUCACCAAAAUAUUAACGCAGGAUGAAGCAAGCAACGUUGUCGCACAAUUUGACGAUCCUAAUGUGCUGCCUCUGCAUGGAUUUUCAAAAACAGAAAGAGUGGGACCCCCUAUGCGAUGUUGCAGAUAUCAUAAAGGUGUUAACGUUACGAUUUGUUGCAAUAAACCUGCCACAUUUGAACCAAUCACUUUAACUGUAGACAAGAACGUAUUGUUGCAUGGAGUCUCUUUAUUUUUUGACGAGUGUGACUGUGACAUGUAUGCUAAAGUAUCAGCCACUGUGAAGGUUUAUGUUGGUGGUGAAAUGAGAGGUGAUUCACUGUUUUAUUCCCAAACUGAGACCUACGAGGUGAAUGUUCAAAAAAAUAUUGAUCGCAUCUAUCACGGCUUUGAUGUUUUAUUUGAUAAACUCCUGGUCCUGAGGAGAAAUGUUGAGUAUUGUAUUGCUGUUUCACAUGAUAUGCCCUCUAUCUCCUUCUUUUAUGAUUAUGGAGAUUGGAAUGUUGUGGACUGUCAUGGGGUGACAUUCUCCUUUAUGGAUACGGAAACUGUGGUGGCGGAGGUUUUGUUUACAGAAGAUAUAUAGUCUACAAAACAGGGAGAAAAUUGAAUGCAAGGCAGAGCCUAAGGGGGAUACUCCCUCAGCUUAGUAGACAACAAACAGUUUCUCUCUGAUUGAAAAGUAGCAGCGAUGCAAGCCUGCAUUGCAAAUGAGAUUUAGGGCCUGUGUAUAUGAGGUUAGCCAGGCUGGCCCACUUUACUGGGCUGGCUCGGCUUACACCUUGUAUUUUGUUUUCUUUAUAUUAAGAGGCAUGCUGGCCUGCUUGCUGCAUCCCUCAUGAUGAAAAAGUGAUGCUACAGACAUUUUCUUCACCAUUUCUGCUACAUUAGCAUAGCUCGCAAAUUCUGGGGAAAGUAAUCCAGGGUCCUUUUGAAUGCAAAUUAAAGUUGUGCAAGUGCAUAUGAAGUAUGAAAACAAUGCCACUUGUAAACACCAAACACACCAACACUCACUUGUAAACACCAAAUCUGGGCCAGGAAAAUUUGUGACAUUUGAAGCCCCAUUUAAUUACCUUCCUUGUUUUCAAUGUCCUUGAAACAGAAAAGAUGUAAACUGAUAAUUAAUCGUGGGAUUGUUGAGUUUUUAAAAAAAUUUAUCGAGCGGGUUUUAAAUAACCAUGAAAUUUAUAGGCAUGGACCAAAUUACAUACAAAAAUGGUAAAGCAAGCAGCCGAACCUAGGCUAAUCAAAUUCCUCUUUCUUGCAAUUGACCAAAGCAUCCCCCUCUUAUUUCGAACAAAGUUUCAGAUGAAAUCAAACCACUAUGAGAUGAAACUGCAUUUACAGACCUCAUCAUUUUCUUUAGAUAUGAGCUUAUUACGUUGAUAGCAUGUUUAUUCACUGUUUUUAUGACCCUUCAAACUUUGUUUCGGAAUAUUUCCAAAACGCUCUCAUAGAAUUUGUUCAAACUUUGCCACAACCGAGGCAACUAAGGAGGUACAAGCUCCCUAAGCGAUUUCUGAAAAAAAACUUCUAUUACCCAGACAUACAAAGGCAAGUAAAAAAUGUAAUGGCAUCAUUAUGUUGCCAUGGUAACUGUGAUGUUAAUAAAACAUGGAUCAUAACAAAUUUUCAUCUUUAUACAGUGCAGCUGUGGUAACUUUUUUGCAUUGUAUUUUUAAUGCAGACAUGGCAAACACUCAAAGUAGGGAGGUAUAGUCCCUAAAAAAUCCAGUCAAGUCACCUUAAGGAGUCUAAUUGUCUGAUAACCAUUCCACUCUGUUAACUAUGUAUAGUAAAGUUGAGGAAAGUGUGACCCCUACUAGCUCAUCUGAAUGUGGCCUGUUACAUGUAGUUCUAAGUCGAUAAAUAGCUAUUGUUGCCUUAACUCAAGACUGGAUCAAUGCCUCAAGUGGUCUCAGUCAUAUACUCUACUACUACAUUUAUUUGGUAAAUCAAUGUGCUUAUAUACGUGAUUGAAGCGAUUAUGAACCAUAUGUGAUUAGAUAAGCUAUUACAAGGGGAUAUACGUGGUUUCCUUUCAGUUAAACACCCUAAGCAUAAUGCGUUGCAUAUUUGGUUUACGCAAAUCCUAUGUGGUAAGGUCCGAGAAAUCAGCACAUCCUACAAAAAAUCAAGUAUCAGUUAAAAGAAGUAGUUUAUACUUUAAAGGCAUGACCUUUUAUUUUCAGGUACGUAGCAUUUUUUUUUUUGGUUCCUAAAAAAAUGGGAUCAUUAUUAAUACGUUUCUAGGAAACUGCCCACCCACCCCUCCCGUAAGCCAACAUUUUGCACUAAGUCUUAGGGGAGGGGGAGGUUCCAAUAUGAUCCACAAAAUGUUUUCAAAAACUAUAAUAAACUUUCUUGCAAUUUGUCAAGAUUCCUGUUGAGCGCCCAACUUUCAAGCUCGAGUGCUCAGACAUUGAAAGUCUGGUUAUAGAAUAAACUACAGGUCAUGUUUAGAUGAACUAGUUUUCACACUUUCCUCAACUUUACUACAUAUGCUUAGAGGUAGAAGAUAUUUUACUUCACAGAAAACUGAUCAAAGCCAUGUAAUUUAUAAAUUUCUUCCCUGAAAAAAGAAACUUGGCUUCCUUGAGAUAUAUCUAGACUGAUUAUGCUUUGAAAAAUUGCAAUACUCUUACUUGGAUAUUUAUAUUGAACUUGUUUUUAAUAAUUAAGAAGCAAAUUUUUCAGUUGUACCUUAUUUUCUCAAAUGAAUAGCUGGGGACAAUUAUUUUUUUUUUCACACCAAAAGGUGGCGGUUAUUCAAGGGAAGGCGAUUAUUCAAGGGAGGCGAUUAUUUUCAGAUAUUGUUCACUGGAAGUCGUGCCCUAAAUAAUUUGUUGUAUUUUCCCAUUAAAUAAAAAAAUAAUCACAUCAAAGAAACUGAACAUGGGCUUUUCAAUUGUUCCAAAUUUGGUUCCUUGAGUAAUUUUUGUUGUCAAUAUCCUCCGCGUCGUCAGUGAUCAGUUUUGCUGGAUCAAACUCCACUUCAGACUUAUCCUCCAGAUUUACUGCUAUGGGUAUCAAUAGUGGGUUACCUAUAGUGGUGGCGGGCGAUUAUUCGAGGGAGGCGAUUUUUUUAAAAUGUUUUCGUCGAAGGGGGGAUAUUAUUCCAGGGAGGCCAUUAAUGGAAGGAAGGCUUAUUUGAGGAAAUAUGGUAUUUUAUAUCACAUGGAAGUCUCAGUGAACAGUGUCAUUUGUCAGUAGAAUAAAGUAUACUGCCAGUACUGUGGAACAAAAAGACAGUGGUAGCACUCAGUCAAAUGUGUUUUAAGUGUGCCUCAUGUAUUAUUUUAUUCUAAUAAAUUUAACCUUGACCCUGACCCGAAGGGGUUUUCCCCAAAGCGGUUACUUUUAUUGCUGUAAUUUAGCCAAGAAAGCCGAAGGCUGCGCCUUUCACUCUUCAAUCUCCUUUUGCGCUAAGCUCGUACUUGUCUACCCAUGGUAUCAACCCUGUAAACAAGGGUUUUGCCAAUAUUAUGAACUAUUUUUGUUGGCAAAACCAAUUUAUUUCAGUUUAAAAAAGGGGGUGCCUGUUAAGGUAUGUUAACACGGGGAACGAAAACGUACAACGCGUUUUGCAACAUUGCAGCAGCUGCAAAACGAGUUGAAUAGCGAUGUUGCACGCUUUACUACCCACGUUCAAACCUGUCUCCCAGCAAAGAAAAAAUUUAUACCGCAAGUUCUGUGAAUACCGACAUCUGAUUGGAUAAAAAUUACGCGGGAGUCAGAGUUAGGAUUAAAUUAACUGCAGGAGUUAGUCACUUGCUGCAAAACAAGUUUGCCUAGGGCUGUAAAACGCCCAAUACGCGCGUAAAGAGUAUGUUGCAAAAAGUAGAACUACUUUCUACAACAACUUUUCGCAACCUGCAACAACCUGAUUUGUUGCAAGACAGAAUUGAAAGUGGGUGGAAAAACGAGCAACAUCGCUUUUUAACUCGUUUUGCAGUAAUGUUGCAAAAGAAGUUGAACGUUUUUGUUGUCCGGUUUACCGUACCUUUAAGGAUCUGAGCCUGCGUGGGACGAAUAACAACGGUUUCCACGAGAAGGGAGGGAGGAACCUGAAAAAGCGCUAAUUUUUUCGCACGUUUUUGUCCUCUUGCGCCUUGUAUGUCUCGUCACGCAAGGCAGGAGCGUUGCGUGAUGAGACAAGCCGCGCGUGAACGAGGCAACCGAAAUCCCUUUCUCGUCCCCAGAGCCCGUCGUUUCUUGGUCACGUGGUCGGUUACAAAAAUGCCGAGUGAGGGACGAGAAUGCGAAAAUCCCGGAUCAACUUUCCCGCGCUUUCGUCGCCUCACAAUAGGUGUUAGCGCCCUUUAACUUUAAUCGUGGAUUAACAUUCGAGCAAACAUCAUGUUCCGCACAGUAUUGAAGUUGGAUUUCUAUGACGAUAACCCAUGGAUGGAUAUGGAUACGGAGAAAGACAAGUUCCCAAAGGCUUUCCAACAGAGAGGCAAAUUUUUGUUCAACAAUGAUAUUUUGAGUGAUGUAAAAUUUGUUGUUCGUUCGCCCCAAUAUGGCGAAUGCAGUGACCGGAAAAAAAGGAGGAUAGCGAUCCCAGCUCACAAGUUUUUGUUGGCAAUCAGAAGCCCUGUAUUUUUUGCCAUGUUCUGUGGCAAAAUGGCAGACUUCAAAGAAGAAAUCAAUCUGCCUGACUGUGACUAUGACGGUAUGUUUGAAUUUUUGCGAUUCCUGUACACCGAUAAAGUUUCCUUAACCGAAAAUAACGUGAUGCAAGUGGCAUAUCUUGCUGCCAAAUACAUGAUUCCUCGACUUUCCAAAAAAUGUGCAGUCUUUUUAGGGAAUAAUCUGGACUCGUCGAAUGUGCUUGGAGUCUUGGAACACGCUAAGAAAUUUUCAAAUGAUCACCUGUUGAAUUUUUGUUGGGACUAUGUUGACAAACUGACAAUGCGCGUGGUGCAAUCAAAUGAAUUCUUUGGAAUUGAGAAGUCUCUUCUGCAAGAGUUAGUGGAGAGGGACACAUUGAAUAUUAAGGAGGUCGAGUUAUUUCAGGCUGUUGAUGGCUGGGCAGAACAUCAAUGCAAUAGAUUAAAUCUGAAACCAGAAGGCUCUGUCAAGAGGGAAAUACUUGGGGAAGAGGUAAUGAAAAACCUGCGUUUUCCACUCAUGGAACAGAGAGAGUUUAUGGAGAUUGUUCCAGUCACCAAAAUUUUAACGCAGGAAGAAGCCAGCAAUGUUGUCGCACAAUUUGACGAUCCUACUCUUCCGCUUCUGCAUGGAUUUUCAGAAAAACAAAGAAAGGGACCCCCUUUACGAUGUUGCAGAUACCAUAAGUAUGUUGAUAUUUUUAGUUCUUCUAAUGUUCCUGCUACAUUUGAACCGAUCAAUUUAACUGUAGACAAGAACAUAGUGUUGCAUGGAGUCUCUAUAUUUUUUGAAGAGCAUGACAGAUAUACUAGAGUAUCAGCGACUGUAAAGGUUUUUGUUGGUGAUGAAAUCACUACUGGUUCGCUACUUUUUUCCCAAACUGGGUCCUAUAAGGUGGAUGUGCAAAGAAAUAUUGGCCACAUCUAUCAUGGCUUUGAUGUUUUAUUUGAUGAGCUCCUAGUCCUGAGGAGAAAUGUUAAGUAUUGUAUUGCUGUUGCACAUAAUAUGCCGGAUCUCUCUGCCUUUUCUGGGUUCGAAGGAGACGAAGUUGUGGACUGUCAUGGGGUGACAUUCACCUUUGAGGAAAUACGUAUAGGGAAUGUGUUAGCAGAGUUUUUGUUCAAAGAGGAUCUGUAG